CCAGCGAGAGCGGCGAAAUUAGUUAGUCGCAGGCUUUGCUUCAGUCAGUGCGAGAGUGUGUUGUUCCUUUGUGCUGCUGCAUCUCACCGUACGCUCUUGACUUAGCCUUUCGGACGCGAUUAGUGCAGGAUUUUCGGUUCGGCCCAGCUCUGGAUUAACGGCCUAACAUGUAGUUUGCUUUUCAAUCACGGCCGCGUGAUCUGCUUGCUGCAAACGUUAGCGAAAAUAUAAAAAAAUGGCUCGUCUCAAGAUGCAGGGUUGCUGGUCGCUGGUGGCACUGCUCGUCGUCGCACUGAUUCUUAUCCAGGGAGUCGAGGGCGCCAAGGAGAAGAGGAAGAGGCCCAAGAAGAAUACCUUCAUCGUCAACUCGGCACCCAUCAACUUCUCGGCGCCCGUAUCCGAGGCGCCUCCGCUCUACAGCACCACCACGUACGCACCCGUGUCGGCCGCCACCCCCUCGGUCACCCCACCGACGACCGCCUUCGUGCCCCAGAGUAUGCUGCCCCAACCGACUAAUUGGAUGAACCUGGUGGAGCCCGAAGCCGAAGUGGUCGGCCCGUUGAACGGCGGUGGCGACACGCCAUUAUGUGCAAAUGUGGUUGGACUGUCAGCGGGACAAAGGAAACUCUGUCAGCUGUACCUGGACCACAUGCCGUGGGUGGGUCGCGGGGCCAGGGCCGGAAUCGCCGAGUGCCAGUGGCAGUUCCGGGACCACCGCUGGAACUGCAGCACUUUCCAGGACGCGUCCGUCAUGGGCCCCAUCCACAAUAUUGCGAGCAGAGAAGCAGCCUUCACGCACGCGGUCGGCGCCGCCGGGGUGGUGCACUCGGUGGCCAGGGCCUGCAGGGACGGCUCCCUUUCCUCCUGCGGCUGCUCCAGGGCCAGGCGGCCGCGCGACCUGCGCAGGGACUGGAUUUGGGGCGGCUGCGGCGACAACCUCGAGUAUGGUUACAAGUUCACGCAAGGAUUCGUGGACGUGCGAGAGCGCGAGAAGACCCACAAAAGAGGCAGCAGGGAACAGGGCCGCCAACUGAUGAACCUGCACAACAACGAGGCCGGCCGCAGAGCCGUGAUUAAAAAGACGAAAGUGACUUGUAAAUGUCACGGAGUGUCCGGGUCGUGCAGUCUAAUCACAUGCUGGCACCAAAUCGCACCUUUCAGAGAAAUCGGUGACUACUUGAAAGACAAGUACGACGGUGCCACCGAGGUUCGGGUGAACAAACGUGGGCGUUUGCAGAUCAAAGACCCAAGAUUCAACAUGCCAACUGCAAAUGAUCUUCUCUACCUGUCCGAGUCGCCCAACUAUUGUGUCAAGAAUCUGGCACUCGGAUCCAUGGGCACUUACGGGCGCCCUUGCAACCGAACGUCGCACGGCCUGGACGGGUGCAACCUGCUGUGCUGCGGUCGAGGCUACAACACCCAAAAGACGACCAUUCGCGAGAGAUGCGACUGCAAAUUCCAUUGGUGUUGCAGUGUGGAAUGUCGCACUUGUAGCCGCACGCUAGAUAUUCACACUUGCAAGUAAAAUGCUCGUCCCUUUUCACGUCACCUCUGCUCUUUGGAAAUAAUGUCGCACUCGCUCGACGGCAGUCGCCGUCGCGAGGCGCAAAUUGUUUUUCACAUUUAUAUAAUUGUGUCGGACAGAACAAAAAAAACAUCCUUUGGUUAGAACACUUUCCUCAAGUGCUAAUUGUGACCUGAUCAUUUGCUGAAUGGUGAACUUUAUGUGGGUGUUCUACAAUUAGAGAGCAAUGCAUGCAGAAACUGAAGACUUUUAUUUUAUUUUACUCUAUUCCACCUUUCAACUGGAUGUUUUAAUUAGCAUUAUACGUGGAUUGCUCAGAGACAAUUUAUCAUGAACUGACAAGAAGCUUCUUGAACGGGCAUGAUGUAAACUAUUAGCAGUUGUGGAUGUGCUUUGUGUCAUAUUUGCAUUUGUUCUACGUAUAUUAUAUUUAUUAUCUUCUUCUUAUAUAUGUGUAAAUAUGCAUCCUUCUUUCCUGUUAGCAAUUCUGAUUGUGAUCCUGCGGUCAAAAAUAAAAUGAAAAUAAAGUUGCAUUCAGGAUUGCAAGAAUACUGCCAUGUCGGUCGAUUUCAGUUUGCCCAAAACGUAAUCAGGCCAGUUGUACACCCUAACCACACCCCCCAGUAUCACCUAUUUAUCCAAUCAUCCAAGAACUUUGAUGUAGUGGACAUUAAUUUAUGGACAUUUCUAAGGUAAAUAUUAAUGUGAUUUUUAUUUUGAAACAUUAUUAGGGUAGCGCUAAAUGUACUUAAAAUUUCUGCCAUAAAUUAACAAUAAGAUUUAACAUGAUGAGAGUGUCUGUACAGCCAUUAUCACUUCAAGUGUAUCAGUGUUUAAAUAAAUAGAAAUUCUUACAUGGA